AUGAUUGUCAAAGACCGGAAGGCAUCCAAGACCAAGAAGGCACUCAUCAACCAAAUGCAUAAGGACAAAUCACUUAAAUUGUUCAGUCCUAUGCUCAGGCUCAAAGGAUUUGAUGGCUGCAAGGAUACCCCGGUGGAAGUAUUGCACGUGGUUCUAUUAGGAGUGGUCAAAUACCUACUCCGAGACUUCAUGACAACAACCAUUAAGCCCAAGCACCUUCCCCAGUUGAUAGCCUCGUGGGAUUCAUUCAAUGUGCAGUCAUUGGAAUUGGGUCAAAUUCAAGGAAAGUACUUCGUCAAGCAUUACAAGAGCCUGGUGGGGAAGCACUUCCGUAUUGUGCUGCAACUGGCUCCAUUUGUCUUAUUCCAAUUCAUGACUGCUGAACAGAGGGAUCUAUGGACGGCAUUGUGCCAAUUAGCGCCCCUUGUAUUUCAAACAAGCAUUGCAGAUAUGGUGGUUUACCUCAAGACCCUGCAGGACCAACUCGACCAUUUUAUGCACCUCUUGAUCCAGAUGUCAGCCCAGUGGGUAAACAAGCCGAAAUUUCAUAUGUUAUUGCACUUACCUGACUCCAUCAGGCGAUUUGGCCCCGCCAGCUUGGUGGCCACAGAGAAGUUUGAAAGUUUCAAUGGCAUCUUAAGAAAUGCAUCAGUUCACUCCAAUUGCCACUGUCCAGGGAGGGAUUUGGCAAUCAGCUUUGCCAAUUAUGAAUGCAUGAGGGCGCUGGCAUCUGGGGCCAAAUUGUUUCACCACAUAGACAACCGAUAUUUUUACGCUUCCCCCCAGGUCACUAACAUGUUCAAAGACCCAAUGAUUCAGAAGUCCAUGGGCUUAAAUGAGAAAUUGCUCAACAAAUACACCGGAAUCACUGCAACUUACUUGUCAAAGAAGGCUGAACAAAUGGCCCCACACCCUGUUCCCCCACACCUCAUGCAAGCCUAUCCAGGCCAGACAUUCAAAUUUGUCAAAAGCCUGACUGUAGACUCCAAGAAGAUUCUGACCAGAAACACUUUUGUUCAGGUCAAAUCAUCCGAUUUGUCAACCACCAAAAGAAUUGGCAGAAUAAACAAUAUUUGGAAUGUCCAAUCAAACACCGGCAGUGGCUACAUCAUUUGCCUCACGUGGUUCAAGCUCAUGGGUAUAUCAGACUUCUAUCAAUUGCGCUCAAUCAGCAGUACACAUGUCUUGGCAGAUGUGUUUCCCCAUGAGAUUGAAGCCACACUCAAUGUUCAGCACAACUGCCAUGAAGGUGGGUGUGGAUUCAAGAAACGGGAGAGAAACAUUUCAGAUUAUCAAGAAGGCGACCCUGGCCUGAGCUAUGAAACCAUGCACAACAAUCACAACAGUUUCAUAUUAAACAGUACUUCCUUCCAUGCUACCUCCAACCACCUUUAUUUGGCUGAAUUAGAGUAUUACAGACCCACGGCCACCCAAUGGGUGGCUGCCAUCCAAAUAGGACUGGACAAGUGGCAUCUUGGGGCCCAAGCAGCAGUCAUCGAUCACAAUCCUGGGGCAGUCACAGCGCAGGAUCACCACAUUUAG